AUGUCCGACACGGAGGCCCCCACUGCUACUACUACCCUUUACGUAUCACCAAUUGCUGACCCUCUUAUGGGAGGCAAGUUGAAUGCUCGUGCUAUGAAGCUUGUGAAGAAGGCUGCUACGACUAAGUGUUUACGGAGAGGCGUACCGGAGGUCCUGAAGGCCAUAAGGAAGGGUCAGAAGGGUAUGAUACUAUUGGCUGCUGAUGUUUACCCUGUGGAUGUUAUUGCUCAUGUGCCGGCUUAUUGUGAGAAGAAUGGUAUCCCUUAUGCAUACGUACCCUCAAGACAAGCGUUGGGUACUGCCUGCCAGACUAAGAGGGCCGCCUCCGUAGUCUUGGUGAUACAGCCUAAGGAUGACUCUACUUAUACCAAGACUUACGAACAGGUACUCCUCCUCAAAAACAAAUAA